UCCAUUUCCCACUCUCUCUAGAGCGGGAAACAAAAGUAAAACCCCAAUAAAAUCAUUCUCCCUGCGUUUUCCCUCUGUUACUUCCACUCGUUUCUUCUAAUCCUUCUUCUAUUUUUCUCCCUUUCCAGUGAAUCUAUAUCCCGAAACCCUAAUCAAAUGGAGAUUUUAUCCAUUCAAAAUCCUCGUUCUAUUUUAGGUUAUAGAAGUGAAAGUGAGUAAAUCUUCAACUCAUGGAAUCAGAUAAGCUUGACCAUGUCCCAUUAGCAAAACGUCAGAGGAUGCUGUUAUCAAGGCAAUCACUGGAUACUGUGUCCCAGCAGCAGGAUACUUGCGAUAUGGAGUUAGAUUUUACUACAGGUGAAGGUCGAGAGAUUGGAGAAUGGUCUAGCGAGUCCACGCAGGAAUGAGCCUGGUAUCUCAUUAGUUGACAAGAUACUAGGGAUCAAGAGUGAAAUGGGAGUUUCUUGGAUAUCUAAUGAAGAUGAACUGGAUCAUAUGUCACUUAGAGAAAGGUUGAGGUUGCUAACUGCGAAGAAGGUUUCUGAUUCAGAAGACUCCCGGCCUUCAGAAAGCUUGCAGAAAUCUGUGCCUCCUGUGCAAAAGUGUAAACCUACAGCUUCGGAGAAUGCUAAACCUGGAGUCAGCAGUCGCCAGCGAAAGCGAAAAAAGACUGCAACGCAACUUUCCGAUUGUGCUAUUUUGUUCUAAUACUAUCCUUUUAUUAUCUGAUAAAUUACGUUCGACCAACUCUUUCAUGAAGUCAAUUGCAGGGAUUGUGCAGAAACAGCUCUGGAAGAGGAUGCUCCUGGACUUCUAAAGGUUCUUGUUGAGAAAGGGAUACUUUUAAAUGAAAUUAAGUUAUAUGGUGGCAUGGAAAGUGAAGAUGCUCUGGACAGCUCAUUGGAUGAAAAUAGCUUUGAGGAUCUUCAGGGUGUAAUUUCAAAGCUUUUUGCUCAGCGUGAAACUCUAUUUAAAGUCGCCCCGCUAAGAGGUGCAAAGGGAUCAAAAGCUGCUAAUUACUGCUUAUCUUGUUUAAUUUCAUUAGUUGAGAAGUCGCACCUUCUUCAGUCCGAGAAAUGGCCUGUUGAAUGGGGAUGGUGUCGAGACCUUCAGUCAUUUAUAUUUGUUUUUGAAAGACAUAACAGAAUUGUUCUGGAGCGUCCAGAAUAUGGCUAUGCAACAUACUUCUUUGAGCUGGUGAACGUGAACGAUUUAUCUGUCGAAUGGCAGAUAAAACGCCUGGUAACGACAAUGAAGCUUACUCACUGUAGCAGAGCCACCAUCACCGAAAACAAAUCAUUGUUGGUUGGCGAAGAUUUGUCAGAGGGAGAAGCACGGGUACUUGAGGAAUAUGGUUGGAUACCAAAUAGUGGGUUGGGAUCAAUGCUCAAUUAUUGCGACAGGGUUAUUCAUGACAAGAGGAAUGAGAAGGAUGGUUCAGAAUGGAGAAAGAAGAUUGGGAAGUUGCUCAGAGAUGGUCUUAGCGGAGGAACCAUUGUAUUCAGUAAUCUUCCGAAAAAGCUCAUGGGGGACAAGGGCACUACAUUUAGCUCGCAGAUCAAGCUGGAGCUUUGAAAUGAGGUUGAGCUCCAUCCUCUUAGGUAAUUAAAUGAUAAGUCCCUUGUCAGUAGUGUAAAUUUCAGUUUUUACUUAAAUUUGCCAUAUCUUAGUACCUGUGUUAGGGUGUCCAUGGGUAUCGUGUUACGCAGAGAAGGUUGCUGUAUAUACAUAUAUAAGAUAUGUUCUCUAGUUGUUGGUGAUGCGUUAAGAAUAUGUGGCGUUUGAUAUGUAUUAGGAUAUUUUCCGAUACAUUGGCAAGAGUUUGUAAGUAUUAGGGAUACAUUCCGGCAUAUUUAGUGAUUAUUAGUAUGUACAUAUUCCGGUACAUUGUUGUGGGUGAGUACGAAAAGUGUUUUACUUAAUGAGUUUCUCUUUUGUCCUGUAUUUAUUUAUAUUGUUGCAAGUAUAUGAUCAGUUUUGUUUUCUGCCCAACAUAGUGUGCACUUGGGAGAUCAUAAGUUGAUCCCUACUCAACUUUUGUAAUAGUUGUUUGAU